AUGGAAUUUCAAGCAGUUGUGAUGGCAGUUGGAGGGGGAUCGCGAAUGACAGACCUGACUUCCAGUAUUCCCAAACCUCUGCUUCCAGUGGGCAACAGACCUUUGGUGUGGUACCCACUGAACCUGCUUGAGCGUGUUGGGUUUGAAGAAGUCAUUGUCAUUACAACCAAGGAUGUCCAAAAGGCUUUGUGUGCAGACUUCAACAAGAUGAAAAUGAAGCUAGAUAUUGUGUGUAUUCCCGAUGAAGCUGACAUGGGAACUGCAGAUUCUCUGCGCCACAUAUAUCAGAAACUUAAGACAGAUGUACUGGUUCUGAGCUGUGAUCUGAUAACAGAUGUUGCCUUACAUGAGGUUGUGGACCUGUUCAGAGCUCAUGAUGCAUCCCUUGCCAUGUUAAUGAGAAAAGGUCAAGAAAGCUUAGAACCAGUUCCAGGUCAAAAGGGGAAAAAAAAAGCAGUGGAGCAGCGUGACUUCGUUGGAGUGGACAGCACAGGCAAGAGGCUACUCUUCAUGGCUAAUGAAGCAGACUUGGAUGAAGAGCUGAUCAUUAAGGGAUCCAUCCUGCAGAAGCACCCAAGAAUACGUUUCCACACAGGCCUUGUAGAUGCCCACCUCUACUGCUUGAAAAAAUACGUUGUGGACUUCCUAAUGGAAAAUAAGUCAAUCACUUCCAUCCGGAGUGAACUGAUCCCAUACCUAGUAAGAAAACAGUUCUCCUCAGCUUCAUCACAACAAGGACAAGAAGAAAAAGAGGAGGAUCUAAAGAAAAAGGAGCUGAAAUCCUUAGAUAUUUACAGUUUUAUAAAAGAAGCCAAUACACUGACCCUUGCUCCCUAUGAUGCCUGCUGGAACGCCUGUCAAGGAGACAGCUGGGAGGGUUUGUCCAGAUCACAGGUGCGCUGCUAUGUCCACAUCAUGAAAGAGGGGCUCUGCUCUCGAGUGAGCACACUAGCACUCUACAUGGAAGCCAACAGACAGGUGUCCAAAUUGCUACCUGUUAUCUGUCCAGAAGAAUCACUGGUUCACUCAUCAGCCCAGAUUGUCAGCAAACACAUGGUUGGAGCUGACAGCCUCAUUGGGCCAGAUACACAGGUUGGAGAGAAGUCAUCCAUUAAGCACUCGGUCAUUGGUUCUUCCUGUGUCAUAAGAGAGAGAGUGACUGUCACCAAUUGCCUUCUCAUGAACUCAGUUACCGUGGAGGAAGGAAGCAACAUCCAGAGCAGCGUCAUCUGCAACAACGCUAUAAUCGAGAAGGGAGCAGACAUCAAGAACUGCCUAAUUGGAAGUGGCCAGAGGAUUGAAGCCAAAGCCAAACGAGUGAACGAGGUGAUCGUGGGGAAUGACCAGCUCAUGGAGAUCUGA